GUUGCAUCAUCACCACAUCGCCCGCACGACCACGUCACCCCAUCGAAAAAUUGAAACCCAACCGCCUGCCACGCCUUAUAUAUCCGCAAACGAUCUCCUUCCUGUGUAUUUCCAUGCCAUCAUGAACAAUGGCGCGACUCAACGAAGCAUCCGUGCCCGCCGACAGUCAUCUCGAGAUACUACGUAGGAAGUUUUUACGCCAAAAUCGUGACAUUGCAAAAAUCAACUCGGACCAAUCGCAAAAGAUCAGGCGACUCGAGAACGACUGCGCGCGUUUGCUGUCCGAGAAUCUUGACCUCCGCGGCCAGAUUCUACGACUGGAGAAGCAAGUCGAGGAUAACAGUGCACAAAGGAUAGCCGAUCAUGCCCUCGAGGUCAAGGAAAAGUUGGAAACGCAGCUGUCCCAGUUCACGGCUUUGCUAGGGAGCCUGGGGGUAGAGCCGCCCGCCAAGAGACGUGCUUCGGAAGACCGGAUGCUCUCAAAUGCCCGGCAAAGUAUGGUUAGAAGCCCACCGCAGAGGAGGCGGCGGAAUACGUCGAUAGACUCAGAGACACUCGCCGAGAUGGAGGGGAGACUGCCCCCGAUAUACGAAAACAAGACGUACCAGCGGGCUACCAUGAAUGGCGACGAGAUCCUCGCUUUAUGCGCUGCUGCGGAUGACAUCAACGACUCGCCCGACUUAGGCCCGCCGCCUAUUUCGCAAUACGUCGAGGAAGAGCCUGUAAAGCAUUCGCCCGCGAGACCAACCGAGACAUAUGUGCCCGAAAGCCCAAGGAGGUUGCUGGAAAUAUCAUCGCCUCCAAAACUCGACUACAACCGGCAACCAUCCAGAAGCCCCGAACCGAGGAUAGAAGCGGAGGCAAUCGUGAUCCCGGAUAGCCCAACCAAAGACGCAACUCCUGCAAAGAAAUCUCCGCCAGAGCCGGCGCCGCAGCCAGUUAGGGUUGGCGCUAAGCGGAAAUACGGCGACGAAAACGGAACUGCCCAGAGCACCAUGCCACUGGCUGGCCAAGAGAAUACCGCCCUUACUGAGAAGAGUUUCCCUACCCGUGCCGGCUCGAAGAGGAGGAGUCUCGCCGAGCUGGCGAGUGCCAAGCCGGAGAAGAAGAGCGCAAAGCUGCCACUUUCGGCCAAGAGGACGCCGCUUGCUGCGAAGAGCACGAACGAGAACGUAUCGUCGCCUCGGAAAGUGAUGAAGGCAGCGGCACCAAAAAAGGGGGCUAAGAAGGAGCAAGCUCCGCUUCCGGUCGAUUCGGCCAUGGUCGACGAACCCAACGCGACGAGACCGCCGGUCGAGAUUGUGAUUCCCGCCGAUCACGCCUUGCUCGAGUCCGUGACCGCUCUGCCCUCAGCAACCCCGAGUUCUCCGACCACGCCGCGUCGGUCUGCACCGGAAGAGACGCUUCAUGAUACACCCCCGCCCGCCGAUAUAUCCUCGACUGGUGAGACGAUUCGCCCGAGCCGCCGUGCUAGGGCUGCUGUCAGCUACGCAGAGCCAAACCUACGAGACAAGAUGCGGCGGCCGACCAAGGAGCUCUUCGAUGCCGUCACUGGAGAAGGCAAGUAUGCUCAUCGGACCUCCACGAAGGCGGACGAUCCCCACUUGGCUCUGCCAUCUGCCACGAAGAUAAAGCUAGAGCCGGGCAGCUCUGCUAGCAGUAGCAAGAAGAUCAUCUCUGUUUGUGAUCCAACACCACCAGCUCAGCAACAAGCCCUUCUGAGUCCGCUGGCGCAAAAGGACGCGUUCUCGGAGACGUUACCUGACACGGUUGUCACGGAGAGGCGGAAGCGGCCGUCUGCGGUUGGCAGUGGUCGGGAAUCUCUUGCGGCUUUGGGGCGGUCAGAUGGCUCAAGUAGGGAACCGAGUCCAGCAGCCACCGCACAACCCGAAGCACCCACACAAACGAACAGCAACCGCCUGAAGAAUAGCCUCGCCAGAACUCGGAACGACAACCCCGCGCCGCCGCCUCCACCUACCGCAGCAGGAGAUAUCUACGACUUCACCGCCUCCUCGCCUGCUACCUCUUCCAACCACCCCACACCCGACACAAGCAGCGAACUGAAACCCGCCCCUUCUCAUUCUUCCACCACCACGGGCUCGAGAGCAAGAACGACCCGGAAAUCCUCCGUAGCCGCCGCCGCCGCCCUCCGCGAACUACUCGACGAAGAGGAACACGACACCCGAUCCAACCCGCCGCCCCCCAAGUCACGGUCUGCGCUUGCCGCGAGGAAGAGGGCGUCAAUGCUCGCGCCGAAACGGAGUUCCAUGCUAGAGAGCUUGGAGGAUAGUUCCGGUCUGUCGGCGGCCGAUGCUGAUACUAGCGGUACUUCGACCGAGGGGGAUGAUGCCGUGAGUCGGAGAGAGGGGAGGGUUUCUAGGAGGAGGAGUAUGAUGUUAUGAUUUUUUUGUGUUUCUGUUUCUCAUCCUUCGGGGUGGGGGUUGUGGGUGAUGAUGAUGGGGCCUGCACAGCGUUUGGCGUUCUUUUGUUCGGUUGGAUGGACUUUGGGGUUGGGGGGGGACGAGAUAUGGCACGGCUGGCUACCUACCGAGGUAGCUGGACUGUGUGGGUGUUUGGUUUGGGUCUUGUUUGAUUGAAGAUGGGGUUUAGGGUAGAAGUUGCUCGCCGGAGCUGCUGCUCUUCUAGUUUGGGCGGUUGAUGAUUCGAUACCACCUUGUUAAUCAUACCGAUGAAUGUUG